AUGUUUGAAGAUCCCGUAGCAGAUGUCAUAAUUGGUAAUGUUGAUGAAGCAAAGAAAGUGCAUAGUAUUAAUGCAGUAACAAGAGCCAUGACUAAUACUAGCAUGACUCAUUCAGAAUCCCCAAAUAAUAAUACCCUGUUGGAUUUAGAAAGGUACACUACCACAUGUGAAGACUUCAAAUUAGAACAGGAACAAGAUCCUUCGUUGAGACAACCAUGGAGUAAAGCUAAUGAUAAUACAUUGGAUGUCAAGAGAAAAGGAACAGCAUCCUUCCUAAUUAAAAACGGACUCCUUUACAGGGAAUUUCAAUAUCAGGGUCAGCCUGAUUUGAUACAACAACAACUCGUUGUCCCACUUUCUAAACGCAAAGUAGUACUAGAGAUUGCACAUUCAUCUCCUCUAGCGGGGCAUAUGUCUAUCAAUAAGACAAAAACAAGAAUAUUUUCAAACUUCUUUUGGCCAGGGGCCGAUAAAGAUAUAAAACAAUUUGUGAGAUCAUGCCCCGUCUGUCAAAAGGCUCGCCCACCCGGAAAGUGCGGUAGAGCAGAACUAGGAGUUAUGAAUGUUGUUACAACUCCAUUCGCAAAAAUAGCCAUUGACAUCGUCGGACCAUUAGAACUGACAGACAGAAAAAAUAUGUAUAUCUUAACACUGGUAGAUAUGGCUACCAGAUGGCCAGAAGCGAUUCCUUUACCUAACGUAAACACCUCUACUGUUAUUGAAGCCCUCAGUAAUAUCUUUGCUAGAAUCGGAUUCCCAGAACACAUCCUGAGUGACAAUGGGCCGCAGUUUAAGUCUGAACUGUAUGAACAGGUGUGCCGGUUCUUCCACAUAAAAGUUGUAAAGUCUACACCAUAUCACCCGAGCUCUAACGGAAGGGUUGAAAGACUAAAUGGGUCUCUAAAGAAUAUGCUGAUUAAAGUGGCAGAGAAGGACCCUAGAAAUUGGGACAGAUUUAUAAACGCUACCCUUUUUGCUUAUAGAGAAAUUCCAAACGCCACCACAGGUGUAUCUCCUUAUGAAAUGGUCUACGGCAGAAAAGUAAGGGGACCUAUGUCUAUUAUUAAGAACUUGUUCACAAAUGAAUUUAUAGAACGGGAAACGAGAAAUGUAUACGAAUAUCUCCUUGACUUGAAAAAUCGCCUUGGCACAACAUUAAGAGUCGCUCUUUCCAAUGACACCAAACAUACGAAGGAGUACAAAAAAUAUUACGACAAGCACAGUACUAAGAAAAUAAUUUUAGAAGGAGACUUUGUUCUUGUACUAAAACCACACAGACAAAAUAAACUGUCCAUGUAUUGGGACGGACCGUACAAAGUAGAGAGGAAAAAUUCCAACCUGAAUUACACCAUUAGGAAAGGAAACAAACUAAAAGUGUACCACAUAAACAGAUUAGCAAAAUACCACGAUAGGUCAGACGAAGUUAGUGAAAACAAACAGGACCAAUUAAUAACAGCCUGCAUCGCAGCUGUCAUCAAUGACGCAGAGGAAGAUCAAGAUGGACAAAAAUUGGAUAACGGGUUAGAAAAUUUACCUACUUUUGAAGUCACCGAAAAUAUUGGUCUGCAGCAUGUUAAAAUUAACAAGGAACUUAACGAUUCGCAACACAAUAAUAUAGUUCAGGUUAUAAAACAAUUUCAAGAAAUAAUAACAGACAUCCCCGGAAAGGCUAAAGUUAAAGAGUUCAGAAUAGAAGUCACGUCAGACAAGCCUAUCAACCUAAAGCCAUAUACGGUCCCUAUCCAUAUGAGGGAAAAUUUAGAUAAGGAAAUAGAAAAUAUGUUAAAAUUUGACAUAAUAGAAGAAUCAGAGUCACCAUAUGCGUCUCCCGUCGUGCUAAUUAAGAAAAAGGAUUCAUCGCUAAGGUUAUGCGUAGACUAUAGGCGGUUAAACGCAAUCACUAGGUUCGAUGCCGAAGUAAUUCCAGACCCAGAAGAUUUGUUUGUUCAAGUACACAAGGCUAAAUACUUCACAAAGGUUGAUUUAACGAAAGGAUUUUGGCAGCUGCCCAUAGAGGAAAGUAGCCGUAAAUAUACUGCUUUUAAGGUCCCUAAUGGACACUUUCAGUUUAAAUACGUCCCCUUCGGUCUUGCUAACAGUCCAAGUUUUUUUAAUAGAACGAUUCGUAAUGUCUUACAAGGAUUAUCAAAUGUUAUUUUCUAUUUUGAUGACAUACUUAUUUAUAAUGAUGACUGGGAAAGCCAUUUGAUGUCCGUACAGCAAGUAAUGACUAGACUUAGGGAUUAUGGACUUACAGUUAAACCAGAGAAAUUGGAGCUGGGAUUCUUUAAAAUCACCUUUUUGGGUCAUGUUGUUGGCGGGGGUAAAAUGGAACCAGACCCCAAAAAUCUGGAAAGGAUUAUGGGCCUUAGGCCCCCCACAAAUAAGAAAGAAGUUAGAUCCAUUUUAGGCAUAGCUAGUUAUUACAGUAAGUUCAUUCCAUCUUUCGCUGAUAUUGUAUUUCCCCUCACCCAAUUGCUGAGAAAGGGAACGCCCACGAGGGUCACCUGGAGUCCCGAGUGCGACUUGGCAUUGAAGAAGAUUCAGUCUUGCCUGUCCUCUUCCCCUAUUUUAAUACUACCAAACCCUAACAAACCUUUUAUUAUUCAAACAGAUGCAUCCGACAAGGGAAUAGCUUGUUGCUUGUUACAGCAGGUGGACGGCAUCCUUCACCCUAUAAAGUACCUGAGCAGAAAGCUCUUGCCUAGAGAGCGGCAUUAUGCCAUCAUUGAGCGGGAAUGUUUGGCGAUCGUCUGGAGUGUCCAACGUCUAGACAGGUAUCUCUGUGGAACUAAGUUCACUAUUCAGUGCGACCACAGACCAUUGUCUUACUUGAAGUCUUGUAAAUUUCAAAAUAAUCGAAUCUGCCGUUGGUCUCUUAUGCUUCAAAACUUCAAUUUUGAUAUUGUACACAUUGAAGGCCGCAAUAAUUUCCUAGCAGACACUCUGUCAAGACUAACCUAG